UAUACCUCUUUUAAACCCUAAUCUUCUCAACAACAGCAAAAUAAAAAUAAAACUUUGAGCCACUCAUAAAUGGAAAACGAAGGUAACGCAGGAAGUACUGCAAGUAGUUCAAGAUGGAACCCAACGAAAGAUCAGAUAACGUUGCUAGAGAAUCUUUACAAGCAAGGGAUACGAACUCCGAGCGCCGAUCAGAUACAGCAGAUCACCGGCAGGCUCCGUGCGUACGGCCAUAUCGAGGGUAAAAACGUCUUCUAUUGGUUCCAGAACCAUAAGGCGAGACUACGUCAAAAGCAGAAACAAGAGCGUAUCACUUACUUCAACCGUCUCCUCCACAAAACCUCCCGUUUCUUUCACCCUCCUCCUUGCUCAAACGUGGGUUGUGUUAGUCCCUACUAUUUGCAGCAAGUAGGUGAUCAUCAUAUCAACCAACAUGGAAGUGUUUACACAAACAAUCUUCUUCACAGAAACAAUGUGGUGAUUCCGAGUGGUGGCUACGAGAAACGGGUUAUCACAGAUCAUAAGAAGCAACUCUCGGACAUAACAACAAGAACAACUAGAAUGUCCAUGUCUUCAAGAUUUGACCGAUUUGCCCUUCGUGAUCACUUUGACGGUGAGGGUAUUAACGUCAAUUCUGGUGGACGGGAGACGCUUCCUCUAUUCCCACUUCAGCCUUUGAAUGGGACUAGCGACGCUGGUGCGGGAAAUUCCUGUUUUGCCCCUGGGAGUGAUUCUUCGGUGGUUUGUUUCGGCGAUGACGGUGGACGAGAGCAGCCGUUUAUGAUCGACUUCUUCUCUAGUGGUGGUUCUUCUAGUCGUUUCGAUAAUAAUGGAAAUGCGCUGUAACGAUUACUGUUCAAUAUGUUUUAUUUUAUCUUUUCUUUUUUUUUUCUGUUUGGAGAUUAAAGUUUUUUUUUGGUGAA